AUGGAUACAGAAUGUGCCAAUUGUCAAGAAAAACUAAUACACAAAGAUAUACUGGAAUGUAUCAUAUGCAAAAAAACUAUACAUUUCUACUGCGCGGGAUACUCAGAAACCAACUUUAAAAAAAUGUCUAAAUCGACUAAAGGGAAUUACACUUGCAGUGACCACAAACUAACUAAUUCAAGUAUAGAUAUUACUCAAUCACCAAAAAAGGUUGAAUCGAAAAUUGAUAAACUUAUAAAAUCUGUAGAAUUUAUGGAACAAACAAACCUUAUAAAAAGCAUUGAAGUAGCCGGUAUACCUCAUACUCCAAACGAAAACUGUACAGAAAUCGUGAAAGAAAUUGGACUAAAAACUAACACAGUUAUCAACGUUGUAGAGGCAAAUAGACAAUUUUUUAACAACAACUCAAAUAGUAUAAUCAUAGCUAAACUAGAAACAAUAGAUAUGAAAAAAACUUUAAUUAAAAACAGUAAAAUUACUAAAAUAUCAGCAAACAACAUAUGUAGUGCCUGGCCGGACAAAAACAAAAUAUUUAUCAAUGAACGAUUAACAAAGGAAAGACGGUCACUAUUUGGAAAAGCAAGAGCAUAUGGGAAAGAAAAAAAUUUCAAAUUCGUAUGGGUGAACAACGGGGACAUACUCAUGAGGAAAAAUGAAAAUUCAAAAAUACAGCGCAUAAAAAAUCAACAAGACCUCGAUAAAGCGUAA